UGGUGGAGCAAUGGUGGGAAAAGUUGGGGAACUGGGAGGAGAAAGGCCAGGAAGGGGGCAGCAUUGAGCUGAGGAGGUCAGGGAGUGGGGUCCCCCGCGGUCCCAUCUCUGCGCUCAGCAUUUUCCGCCGGUAUCAGGAGUUGGCCUGGGGGCCUCUCACUCGGAGGCCCGCCCAGGGCGACUCUCCCCGGGGCUCCCCUAUUUGGCCGGCCGGCUUGGCUCUGGGCGGGGCCGGCGGAGCGGAGGAGGGGGUGGGAGUCCCGGAGGAAGAUGCGCGGGGCCGGCUGCGAGGCCAGGCGCCCAAGGCAGAGGGGUGGGAUCCAGAGUGGGCUGCGCCCUCCCGCACCCGGCGGAAAGCAGACGUUGUCAGCUGAAUCACUCCCCUUUCAGGAGGAGGGAGGGAACAGAAAGGUAACGAGCCCCUUUCUGCUUAAAAAAAAGCCAAGGGAGGGCGUGGGCAGCCUUGCAGUCUCUCCCUUCGCACUCCUGGACCAUGCACCCCGGCAUCUUCCUGCCCGGCCACAGGCGAGGACUUGAUUUCUUGAGCUGAGAGCUAAAACUUGUUGACGUUUCUUCUCCCCAACAACUGAAUCAUGCCAUGUGUCCAGAGGAGCUGGCUUGCAAAGCUCUUCGUUAUGGCUCAGCUCCUGAACUUGGGGGUCCUUUGCUCUGAGCGACCACCGCAGCCGGGCCCGCUGCGCUUCCCGGACAGGAAGCAAGAGCAUUUCAUCAAGUCUCUGCCAGAGUACCACGUGGUGGCCCCUGUCCGAGUCGAUGCAAGUGGGCAUUUUCUAUCCUAUGCCUUGCACCAUCCUGUCACCAGCAGCAGGAGGAAGAGAGAUUUGGGUGGCUCAGAGGACCAGGUGUACUAUAGAAUCCCCCAUGAGGAGAAGGACCUGUUUUUUAACUUAACUGUCAAUCAGGAGUUACUUUCCAAAAGCUACAUCGUGGAGAGGCGAUACGGGAACCUCUCCCAUGUGAAGAUGGUGGCUUCAUCGGGCCCCCCCUGCCAUCUCAGGGGCACAGUUCUGCAGCAGGGCACCAGAGUUGGGACUGCAGCCCUCAGCGCCUGCCAUGGACUGACCGGAUUUUUCCAUCUGCCACAUGGAGACUUUUUCAUUGAGCCUGUCAAAAAGCAUCCACUGGCCGAGGGAGAGUACCACCCACACGUCGUGUACAGGAGGCAGAGGCGGGGCACCCCAGAGAUGGAGCAGCCAGCCUGUGGAUUAAACGACAGUCUUGGCACCUCCCAGAAGCAAGAGCUACAGCGGGAGAAGUGGGAGAGGAGCAGCUCGCCAAGCAGAAGCCUUUCUCGGCGUUCCAUCAGCAAGGAGAGGUGGGUGGAGACGCUGGUGGUGGCUGACACAAAGAUGAUUGAGUACCACGGCAGCGAGAAUGUGGAAUCCUACAUCCUCACCAUCAUGAACAUGGUCACUGGGUUGUUCCAUAACCCAAGCAUUGGCAACGCGAUUCACAUUGUCGUGGUCCGGCUCAUUCUACUGGAAGAAGAAGAGCAAGGAUUGAAAAUAGUUCACCAUGCAGACAAGACACUGUCCAGCUUUUGUAAGUGGCAGAAGAGCAUCAAUCCCAAGAGUGACCUCAACCCUGCCCAUCAUGAUGUGGCCGUCCUCCUCACCAGAAAAGACAUCUGUGCUGGUGUCAAUCGCCCUUGUGAGACGCUGGGUCUAUCCCACCUGUCAGGAAUGUGCCAGCCUCACCGGAGUUGUAACAUUAAUGAAGAUUCUGGACUCCCCUUGGCUUUCACAAUUGCGCAUGAGCUCGGACACAGCUUUGGCAUCCAGCACGAUGGGAAGGAAAAUGACUGUGAGCCGGUGGGCAGGCACCCGUACAUCAUGUCCCGCCAGCUCCAGUACAAUCCCGCCCCCCUGACGUGGUCCAAGUGCAGCAAGGAAUACAUCACUCGCUUCCUGGACCGAGGCUGGGGGUUCUGUCUUGAUGACAUUCCCAAAAAGAAAGGCUUGAAGUCCAAAGUCAUCGCCCCUGGAGUGAUCUAUGAUGUUCACCACCAAUGCCAGCUGCAGUAUGGCCCCAAUGCCACCUUCUGCCAGGAAGUAGAGAAUGUUUGCCAGACACUAUGGUGCUCAGUGAAAGGCUUUUGUCGCUCCAAGCUGGACGCUGCUGCAGAUGGGACACGAUGUGGUGAGAAGAAGUGGUGCAUGGCUGGCAAGUGUAUCACAGUAGGCAAGAAACCAGAGAGCAUUCCCGGAGGCUGGGGCCGCUGGUCACCUUGGUCCCACUGUACCAGGACCUGUGGGGCUGGAGCCCAGAGUGCAGAGAGGCUCUGUAACAACCCGGAACCAAAGUUUGGAGGGAAGUACUGCACUGGAGAGAGAAAACGCUAUCGCCUGUGCAACGUCCACCCCUGUCGCCCGGAUACACCAACAUUUCGGCAGAUGCAGUGCAGUGAGUUUGACACCGUCCCCUAUAAGAAUGAAUUCUACCGCUGGUUUCCAGUUUUUAAUCCAGCACAUCCUUGUGAGCUCUACUGCCGACCAAUAGAUGGCCAGUUUUCCGAGAAAAUGCUGGAUGCUGUCAUUGAUGGUACCCCUUGCUAUGAAGGCGGCAACAGCAGAAAUGUCUGUAUUAAUGGCAUAUGUAAGAUGGUCGGCUGUGACUAUGAGAUCGAUUCCAACGCCACGGAGGAUCGCUGUGGUGUGUGCCUGGGGGACGGCUCAGCCUGCCAGACCGUGAAGAAGAUGUUUAAGCAGAAAGAAGGAUCAGGUUAUGUUGACAUUGGGCUGAUUCCCAAAGGAGCCAGGGACAUACGGGUAAUGGAAGUUGAGGGAGCUGGAAACUUUCUGGCCAUCAGGAGUGAAGACCCUGAAAAAUAUUACCUCAAUGGAGGAUUUAUUAUCCAGUGGAAUGGGAACUACAAGCUGGCAGGGACCAUCUUUCAAUAUGACAGGAAAGGAGAUGGAAAACUGAUGGCCACAGGUCCCACCAAUGAGUCAGUGUGGAUCCAGCUCCUAUUCCAGGUGACUAACCCCGGCAUCAAGUAUGAGUACACAAUCCGGAAAGAUGGCCUUGACAAUGAUGUGGAGAAGCUGGUGUACUCCUGGCAGUAUGGCCGCUGGACGGAGUGCAGUGUGACAUGUGGGACAGGCAUCCGCCGUCAGACUGCCCAUUGCGUGAAGAAGGGUCACGGGAUGGUGAAAGCUACAUUCUGUGACCCAGAAACACAGCCCAAUGGGAGACAGAAGAAGUGCUAUGAAAAGGAUUGUCCACCCAGGUGGUGGGCCGGGGAGUGGGAAGCGUGCUCGGCGACAUGUGGGCCCCACGGAGAGAAGAAGCGAACAGUGCUGUGCAUCCAGACCAUGGGCUCAGAUGAGCAGGCCCUCCCGGCUACGGACUGCCAGCACCUGCUGAAGCCCAAGACCCUCAUUUCCUGCAACAGAGACAUUCUGUGUCCAUCAGACUGGACGGUGGGCAACUGGAGUGAGUGUUCUGUUUCCUGUGGUGGUGGAGUGCGGAUUCGCAGUGUCACAUGUGCCAAGAACCAUCAUGAGCCUUGCGACGUGACAAGGAAGCCCAACAGCCGAGCUCUGUGUGGCCUUCAGCAGUGCCCGUCCAGCCGGAGAAUUCUGAAACCCAACAAAGGCACAAUAUCCCCGGGGAAAAAGCUACCAACAUCUGACCCCUUCAAGCCCCUCCCUCUGACUACACCCGGUCCCGGGAUGCUGACUACGGCGCCCACUGUACCUGGGUCUAUGAGCACAAGUGCUCUGGCCACCAGCAGCCCUGGUCCUACCACAGCCUCCAAAGGGGAUCUAGAUGGGAACCAAUGGCAGAACCGUUCAACCCAAACUGAACCGGACUCUCAUGACAUCAUUUCCAUGGGAAGUACUUCCCAGCCCAUCCUUACUUCCUGGUCUUUGAGUCUCCAGCCAAAUGAAGCAAAUGUGUCCAAUCCAGACACCGGGCCUCCCUCAGAGGGAGACCUUUCAGCCACAACAAUGAGUGGUUCCGAUUUGUCACCUUCCAGCAACCCUGUGACCUGGGGGGUGACUCCAUUUUACAAGCCCUUGACCAAAGAGCCGGAAAUAGAGAUUCACAGCGGCUCAGGGGAAGACGGCGAACAACCUGAGGACAAAAACCAAAACGGCUCCGUGACAUGGACGAAGAUCAGAGCACCUGGAAAUGAUGCUCCAGUGGAAAGGAGUACUGACAUGCCGCUUGGACCUCUGCCAACACCUUAUCUUAAGGGAGCAUCCUUGUGGCCACCCUUCAGCACAGUGUCAGAAGGACUGCUGCCCAGCCAAAGGCCCGCCACGCUCAAGAAUAGUGCCCCCAGCACCGAGGGGAUGGUCGCUGAAAAGCCAGCGAACACUCCACCCCCUCUGGGAGAAGACCACCAGCCAGCAUACUCGGAAAAGUCCAUCAACCAUCACCCCCUAGAAUUGCCGAGCAGCGUGAAUCUGACACAGAGUUCCGGGCCAGGUCUGACGGAGGAAGAUGCAACAAGCCUGAUCGCUGAGGGGUUUUUGCUGAAUGCAUCGGAUUACAAGCAGCUCUCGAUGGGCCGAAGCCCUGCGCACUGGAUUGUUGGAAACUGGAGUGAGUGCUCCACCACGUGCGGGCUGGGGGCCUACUGGCGGAGCGUGGAAUGCAGCACCCACGUAGACUCCGACUGCGCAGCCAUCCAGAGACCUGACCCGGCCAAGAAGUGCCACCUCCGUCCCUGUGCCGGCUGGAAAGUGGGAAACUGGAGCAAGUGCUCCAGAAACUGCAGCGGGGGCUUCCAGAUCCGAGAGAUUCAGUGUGUGGACAACCGAGAUCACCGGAGCCUGAGGCCAUUUCACUGCCAGUUCCUGGCCGGCAUUCCUCCUCCAGUGAGCAUGAGCUGUAACCCAGAUCCUUGUGAGGAGUGGCAGGUGGAGCCAUGGAGCCAGUGUUCCAGGUCCUGUGGAGGCGGAGUUCAGGAGAGAAGAGUGACAUGUCCAGGGGGCCACUGUGACUGGAUGAAAAGGCCCAAGUCCACCGCCCCCUGCAAUGGACACCUGUGCUGUCACUGGGUCACUGGGCACUGGGGCCUGUGCACUGCGUCCUGUGGAGGUGGCUUUCAGAAGAGGAUGGUCCAUUGUGUUGCCUCAGAGAAUAAAACCGAAGGCCAGGAUGGAUGCCUGUGUGAUCACGAACCCAGACCCUUAGAAAUGCAAAAAUGCAACCAGCAGGCCUGCAGAAAGAAUGCUGAUUUACCUUGUACCAAGGACAACUUAUCAGCCAGUUUCUGCCAGACACUAAAAACCAUGAAGAAAUGUUCCAUGCCCACCGUGAGGGUUCAGUGCUGCGUCUCUUGUUCCCAGACACACGUGGCCCACACCCAAAGGCCAAGAAAACGACAGUCGCUCCAAAAGCCCAACGCCCCCUAAGUCCAGAAGGAAGCCACCAUCCACCAUAGACUGCAGCUGUCUGCUGACCAUGACACAUUCUAGCCCCAGGGAUCACUCCAUUGAGGUUUUACUCUGUGUUUCAGGUUCAACUUGGGCUCAUAACAAAACUAAACCCUCUGUGUUUCUUUAGCCACAGAAUGUCCUUCAGAGGAGGCAUGGGAAAUACUCGCUGCUCCCUGAUGCGCAGGGAAGGGGUGCAGGAGAAUCGGGCAUCUCCCAGGAUCAGCUCCUGGGAAAGGUGCCAAGUUAGGCAAGUCAGUGAAAUGAUGUUUUUUUUUCCUCCCUUAAAGGUAAAAACAGAGAGACCAGAUUUUCCCCAGACUACCUCAAGAGUAGCAGGAAACAGCCACCUUUAUCUAGGGAACAAACAGUCUCCUUAAUUUACCUUGAUGAAAUCUUUUUUUUUUUUUUUUAAAUCUCCCUCCCUACCUGCGAGAGUUGCUGUUUAAAAUGUCAUGGGCAAGCUUUGAGGAACAGUCUCUGGAUUCAUCAGGCAGGGGGCUACUCUCUUCAACCAGUGUUCAACUGGAGCUGAAAGAAAAAGUGCUGGCCACACCCCCAGUCUCUCCCUAAUCCCUGUGGACUCUGUACCUGGACUGUUAAGACUCCCUUGUCUACCUGGAGACCCUAAGAAGAGAGAAAAUGCGAGGAACUGUAGGAUUUAGUAAACCUAAGGAACUUGCUGUUGGAGUCAUCAGACAGGGUUGUGGCCCUGACAGGUCCCUUCUUUAUUUAGCCGUAAGAGAGGGGCCUCAGCAUAAUAGGGAGACUCUGAAGGCAAGACCCUGGAUGGUGUCUCACCAUGUUUUUGGUGCUCACGGAGGGCCAACAUGAAGCAGCAUCGUUGGUUUAUCUCCUCCAGAAGACCUUUCUGACUUAAGGAUAAUUUCUAUGAAAACUCUUAAAAAGCAAAAUUAACAGAAAUCAAUAAGAAUGUGGGCCUUUACUCAUCCCACUUCCCUGGCAAAUGGCCAUUCCUUUGCAGGGAGCAAAGGACUCUUCCGGUCUGACUUUCCCUUCUCUAGCAUAUUCUCUGCCUGAGUCAUCAACACACAGGGUGCCCAUCUUUUCACCUCCGGGGGUUUAAUGUGCACAACAACUUCUAUAGCCUGCUCUGUGGCUGCAGGCCACCCCCUACCUACCUUCGGGUUGAAAAGUGGAGCUCUAGUUUAAAAUACGUCCAAGAUCCAGGUAAAUUGCAUUAAGUAUACAAAAACUUUGUGUUAAGUAUGCAAAAACUUAGUAUAAACGUCUAGUCUCAAGAGAAAAAAAAACUUUUCAAAAGUGAGGUAACGCUGACCCAAUAGUCCUUUUUUGAGGAUCUGUUUCUUUGAGGGAAACAGGUGAGUCAGGGAAUCCAAGAAAGUAAAUGCUUAUUCUGGAUGUUCCCAUCACCCAUCAGGAAUCAGAGGAGGCUGUGGUCUCAAAUUCAAGACAAGUUUCCUGGUUUCUAAAGGGAGGUAGUUACAUGAACUGAACCUGGAAAAUGAGGGGGGGGCAGGGCCUCCACAGCAAGAAGCCCUCAGGACCAGCUCUUGACAGAAGGGAAGGCAGGUGUGGGGUUUGUGUAAUGGGCAGCAUGUCUUCAGACUCACACAGAGGUACAGCGAAUAUUCACCCUAGAGCCGUGUCCCACCUCCCCCUUGCAUUAUCUCUCCGUUCAGCAGAAUGGUGCUAUUGAAAUAUGGUGCUAAUAUCCAGAUGGUGGCAGAACUAAUAUAAACAUAGAGGUAGAUGUACAAGUGGGCAAGUCCAUAUGCCUCUUCUGUUAAAUGUAAUGGUGUUGCUGGCCAACGCUGCUCCUAUUGCCUGGACACUAGAAGCUUAAAAUUUGUAUAUUAUGCAUUUUUCCCCCAAGCCAUUACUGUGUAUUAUUCUGAUAAAUUCCUGGGGGGAAAUAAAACAGUGGGGUUGGGAUGAAAUUUGAGGUAGACCAGAAGUAGGAGGAAAGUAGAAAUGUUUAUCAAAACCAGGAAAUUUAUUUCUAGAUAAUUAGGUUCUUAUAUUUGGUCUUUGAACAUUGCUGACUGAUGACCAGCUCUGGUGAAAUAAGAAUUUUGGAGAGAAGAUGCUUAAAUUGUCAGUAAUGUGAGUGGAAGGGAAGCCGAUUUUCUUCUCAUGGGGCAAUUUGCAAAGACUAUCCCUGAAGUGUAAUAUAGGCUUUCAGGGGAUUAAUUUGGUAAGCUGGAUGGAUUUAACUUAAUGCUAUCUUAGAUCACACAUGUCAUCAGAGACCUGGAUAUGACCGGUCUUACAAAACUCAGGAACAAAUCCAGAUUCCUACUGACCUCAGCAAACUAAACUUGGCCAGAUUUCCCAAUACACAAAAUGUUGCUUAUGAUCCACGUGGCAAAGAUGGUGGAAAUGCAGGGAGGAUCUGGCCAGGUGCUUCAUUCCAGCCUUCCUCUAGGUUCUCAGAAUAGUGGCCUCUAAUCCUAUAUCAUGGACAUUUACUUCCUGUAUUGAGAAUGUGUCGUGACACAGUUGUAUGACAUCUAUCAUUCUGGACCCCAGGGUAAAGACAGCACUUACUAUUGGAGUCAUCAGACAUGGUUGUGGCCCUGACAGGUCCCUUUUCAACCUAAAGAGAGGGGCCUCAGAUGAACAGGGAGACUCUGAAAGGCAAGAACCUAGAUGGUGUCUCACCAUGUUUUUUGGUGCUCACAGGGGCCAAUAUGAAGCAGCAUAGUUGGCUUAUCUCCUCCGUGGCCUCCUUUCCUCCCAUCUUGAACAAAUGAGAAAUGAAACAAGAAACACUGGAUACACAUCUACCAUGAACCACAGAGGGCUGCCACGGGGCCUGGUGCUUAAAUACAUCAAAGUUCUCAAACCCAGUUUGGUUUGCAUUGCCUUUCACAGUGGCUGUUAGCUCUACCCUGAAAAGGUGUGAGUUAAUUUAAUUCUUCCCCACACUGUGGGGAAACAACAUUUCAAGGGAUCAGAUAGUGAAUACGUUUAUAAAACAGGAAAUCCUCUUGUGAUACAAGCAACUGCCUCUUUGUAGGAAUGACUUGUUUUAAUGUUGAGUUUUCUUCAAUAGGAGCACACCUCCGUCCAAUCUCCUUCCCCAGGUCUCUGCUUGGUGUGGAGUCAUUCCUAAUGUGAUGCUUUCAGAUACUUAGUGAAUGUUUCUGAUAACCUUUGUCUUAUUUCUGGAACACAAUUUGAGGGAUUUAUAUUGUUUUAGAUCAUAAUUUCCCAAUCAGUUGGUUAAAAUCCUCCAAAUUCUGAAAUCUACACAUUCCUACCCUAGAGACUAUAGGUCUUAGCUCUUCUCCCUUCUGACUCUAGGAUCAAGCCCUGGGACAGUGAAUCAGUGCACAGCCCUUCACUUUCAAGAGAGCAGCCACAUAACAUGAACUGUCUGGUGCUACAACUUAGCUAAUGUAUUUAACGCUAUUCUUUUUUUUUUGUAUUGCUAGUUCAAAUACCAUUAGUAUUAUUUUAAGUUAUGUCAUUAAAAACAAACAAGCAAACAACCAUGGUUGUGGAAGCACAAUUCUACCUAUCACUCCUCCCAAAUGGUUUUAUGUGGUACAUGGCCUCAUCCAUUGCCUUGUAUGCACCUCUGUGCUAUUUUGCCAGGCCCAGCCUCAUUAAGGGGUACCUUGGUGGGUACCUUAGUAUUUAAAACCAGACUGUAACUAUAGCCUGCCAUUGCAUGGCAUCAAUAAAUGGCCAAACUCACUGAUA